AUGGAUGUUGUUCAGUGGUAUGGAAUUGCGCUCACAGCUCUGGCUGCCAUCGUGCUAGCCGCUUCACACCUACAUCCUCUCCUGCCAUUCUGGCUGCUCCGACAUAUUGCAUAUCCCCGUUUACAUCCACUACUCGGAGGUACAGGCGAUACUACGCGAUUUGGGGCCAUCGUGAUUGGAGUGUUUCUCGCUGGCAAUGUCUUCUGCAGCGGCCUAGGCGUCAAGAGCUCUUCGGACCUAGUGAAGCGAACGGGGCAACUCUUCACAAUCAACGCAAUCCCUCUGUUCCUCGGCGGCAAAAUCGGUCCUCUUGUCAACGUUCUGCGCAUGCAAUAUGAGGACUUUGCAAGAGCGCACCGCUGGCUCGCGCGAGUCGCGACCGUACAGGCUGUCGUGCAUGCUGUCGUUGCCUUUUUUGCGAAAAAGGAAUUUCGCACUCAGUCGCAGAUUGCAGGCCUUGUCGUAAGUCUUCUCUCUGAUGAUAUACAUAUUGCUUCGGCUGAACAAACUGAUAAGGCGGUGUCGGCGGUGUUUCUCAUUUUUCUGUUUUCGAUGGGAGUGGUGCGGAGGCGCUGGUACGAGCUUUUUGCAAAGCUGCACCUCGUACUCGCUGUACUCGCAGUCGUCGCCGCUUGGCUGCACGUUGCAUCUGGCUCGGUAUUCCGUCCGCCAGAGGUCUAUCUGUUUGCUGCGUGCUGCACUUACGGAAUUGCGUUCGCCGUGUGGUUCAAGCACAUUGUGUAUCGCAACUACAGCUACCAUACUCUAUUCGCGUCAGCCGAAAUAUCCAAGACGGGCACAUCUUCAACCCAAGUCGUACAGAUGAAACUCGGGCUGCCUCGCCCCUGCGACUUCCGGCCCGGUCAGUUCGUGUACGUCCGCAUGUUGACGCUGAGAAACCUUGCUAUCCUGCAGAGUCACCCAUUCUAUGUGUACUCUUGGGAUGAGCGCGGCGUGUUUUCCUUGCUGGUCGAGAGAAAAAGUGGGUUUACCGAGAGCCUCCUCGAUGAAGACGCACCAUUGUCUCAACCGCGCAGAACCCCCAAAGUCAAAGGAAAAGUAGUGAGAGCGAUGGUCGAGGGCCCCUUUGGGAAGUCAGUGGACCUCACACCAUAUCGCACCAUCGCUCUGUUCGCCACAGGCAUCGGCAUUGUCGCGCAGCUCUCCCAUGUGCGACGGUGGCUCAUGGACCAGCAAGGCCCUUUUAAUGUCACUACUAAAAGCAUCAAUCUCUUUUGGGAAGUCGAGGAAGAAAGAUACAAACGCUGGGUGGAAGAAGACAUGAACUAUCUCUUGUCCAUAGAUCUGAAACAUAUGGUCCGCAUUCACGUCUUCGUGAAGGGUGACUCAUCGGACCGAGAAAGAGGCAAUAUUGAGACUCCGACGAAGAUCAAUGCAUCGCGACCAAACCGUGUAUUCUAUCAUUUUUCCCCCAUUGAUGCCGAAGCCGAAGUCAGAAAACAGAUCGAAGAGGCCUCUGGGAGAACCGUCAUCGCUGUCUGCUCAGAUAGUCUUACAACCGCCAACAUACGACGAGAGGUCUGCCGCGCGGUAGGAAAAGACAUAACGCUAGAGGUCCUUGACAUUACCCUCCUCGCGAAUAGUCCAUACAUCGAAGAGCAGUGCCCGAGUCUUUUUGUGCUAAUCGGGAGCAUUUGCAAGGCCCGAGCUAUCCAAGAGCUUUUUUCCGCGAAGUCGGCCACGCCUACAUUCGUCCACGGUGAAGUGCACUUGCAUCUCGAUCCUUUGUCUGCAUUCAGCAAGCGGCCCAUCUACGUCGCAGAUAGCGACAUACCCGAGAGACACCGGCGGGACAAGAUACCGCCUGCAGCCUCCUGCCACGAGACGAUCAGUCACUCGUUUCGGCAGACCGGAAAACAGCCGCUCGAUGCGAGCAGCGCUGCCGGACAAGUCUACGCUCAACUUCUCCAUCCCUUUGCGGACGUCUUUUGUCUCUUCGCAGCUGACCUAGGGGGCCUCCGCGGAAUCUCUCGCCAGGUGGCCGCAUGGCUCAAGAGGCCGCAAGCCUCGCUACUACCGACUGAAACGUAUCCGUCCCUUGUCAUCGUCAUAGAAGACAACACGCGAAAGGGUGAGAAAGCAGUCAAGGACUGGUUCUUGCAGAACCUAGCUGCAGAGCAGAACCUAGCUGCAGACACUCCCAGAAGUUUUUCUGAUCACUUCUCCAGUCUCGAAGUGGUCAUGUUGCCACAGGUAGGCAAAAUAUCCAGCGGCGCGCGCCACCGCCGUCUGAAAGACCGCCUGUUGAGAGUCUCGGACCGCAUACGCAAGCACAGAACCAGCUCUCGCACCCUUUUCUCUGCCAGACACUUCCAUGCAUUCUUCCGACUGGCUUGCCAACACCUCACGGGGGGCAACAGUGAGCCUUUUGACUUUGUGACUGCGGCAAGGCUGCACAAUCCCGUCCCUUCAGACCUCAGGAAGCAUCUCUCCAACUUUGUGCAGCUUGUGAAGUCGUCACGUGAGCUAAUCGACUUCGCAGCACCGGCAAUCGCCUCGGCUCUUUUCCUAGACAGCUAUCCCCCGGAUGCUCCAAUGUUCGAUCCUGGAUCUGUAUUCGAGAGGCUGUACAAAGGUGUCUGCUACGAGGCAAGCAAAUCUGCGAUGUCGAACGAACACGAUCCAAGCUUUAUGCUCCCCAGUGCUAUUGUCAAACUGAUUCAGAGCCACUUCCAACGCUACUUUUCGGACGCACUGCAGUCAAACACCUCGAAGUUUGCUGCGGAGUCACACAAGGGCGUUCUACAAAGAGCAAGCGGCUUUUGGCUAAAGCUUCAGAGCAGAGAGACGUGUCUCGUGUGCCUCGGUCGCAGGCCGCAUAUUGGGCUUCCCUGCGGGCACACGGUGUGCGAAAACUGUAUUUGCGUAUUUGGCUGCCCAUCCCCGGAGGACUCUUUCGUCUACCAUAUCGAUCGAUGUUUUCUCUGCGGACUGGAUGCGAAGCACAAGAGCGUGCGCAUUCAUCCACCCACAGCUGGCGCAGCCGUUCUCAGCCUGGAUGGUGGCGGCGUGCGAGGGAUACUCGAGCUUGCUUUUCUCCAGCUGUUGGAAGAUCGGAUCGGGCUCCCGAUGCCUGUGCUGCGGAACUUCCAGGUUGUAUUCGGAACGAGUACAGGAGGUAUUAUCGCGCUGGGACUCGCUCAGGGCUGGUCUGUCCAGAAGUGCAUCAAGAUCUUUCCACGGCUGGCUAAUGCGGCUUUCCAGCGGAGGAGGUUCCUAGGCCUGUUUCAUCUGCCCAAGGCUCUAGAGACUCUGAUGGCCAUCUUCACCGACUGUAUCUACCCGGCUGAUCACAUCGAGACGGCGCUCAAAGAAGCGUACGGUUGUAGACAAGGUCUCUUGGAGAUGUCGCAGGCAGCGUCCCUUGGAACGAGGGUUGGGGUACCUGUGGUAACUGUGCGCGGAUCUUCAUUGUGCCUGUUCACUAGCUAUAACGGCACAGGACUUCGCAAGAACGAUCUAGGUAGCCUGCAGAGUAUUCAUAGCUCACUGGCAACUGCUGACAGCUUCUUAGAGUACCACAUUAUCGAGUCACACGACGGUGCCGAGCAGCCGCGGGUAUGGGAAGUCGCACGUGCAGCAUCAGCAGCUCCAUUAUUUUUCAAGCCCGCUACCAUCAGGGGAUACGCCGACCACCAGGACUCAGGCACGCUGCGCAAUAACCCAAUCUACAUGGCCUUAUCUGAAGCCGAGGCGUUGUUUCCAUUUACCGAAGAGCCUGACUUUGUGGUGAGCUUGGGUACUGGGACUCCGCGUCCGGAUGCCGAGGAGCUUUACACUUCAGGCUCGCGCGGCCUGCUCAAAGACGGCUGCCUCCCACGUCUCUGCCGCGGAGCAUGGGAAACCAUGAACGGGAGUCGUGACUAUAUUGUCCUCAAAAGUUUUGGUAGGCCAAGUUCCUGCGGGAAAUACCACCGAAUGGAUAUUGAGUUUGACGGACCCGAGCCGAGACUCGACGCCGUGAGCGACAUGGCUAGCCUCCAGUCUCGAGCGCUUGGAGAUUCUAAUCUCUCCCCGGUCCUCGACAACAUCGCAGAAUGCGUCAUAGCCUCUCAGUUCUACUUCGAGCCGCGUACGCGCCCAAAGUACAUGGGCGGACAAUACGUCGGCUCUGGCUGGAUCAAGUGCAAGCUUCGGCGCGGUGAGCCUGCGCUCGAGGCCCUUCUCAGCCGGCUCCGCACCGCCGGAGCGAGGCUUAUGGUUGGCAACACAAACGAUCCUGAUCCUCACGACAAGUGCAUCGCUCAAAUUGGUGAUAGUUCUAAUUUCGACGAGACCAGGAACUUCUGCGCGAGUCUGACCCUGAGCGUGCAAGGCAGCUUUUCCAUCUUCCUGCAGGAAGACAGCAAAACUCCCCGUCACAUCAGUGGUUCGCCGUUCUCAGUGGAGAGACUGGUGCGAGCAGAGGGUCUCGAAGCGUACUUUGGCCGGGCUGACCAUCGAAAGCGCGACUGGGCCGACGACAACUGUGCGAUACCGCAGGCAAAACGCAGACGGGGAUCUUGA